AUCCACACGUGCUCAAGAUGCGUCUACAAUCAUGUGAUCAUGUGACUGUCAGCUGACACGGAAGUCAAGACAUAUUCAUUGAGCAGCUCUCGUUUGGAAUACAUUGUUCCAGCGGUAAAAUCCUCCUCAUGAAAGGAGUUUUUAUGAAUAUCUGUGAAUUGUUUGGAUGCUGUUGCGUGUGUAUCCAACAUGGAUCGCGUGGCUGUGCUUAUCACUGUGCUCCUUUGUGUGCUCUGCACCGGCGUCGCGCAACACCUGGACUCAGUAGAGGAGCUGUCAGACGGUCCACGCGCGUCCAUGCAGCUUCAGCAAGAAUCCAACAACACCAACUCGUCUGAUCUGACUUAUGGAUUCGUGUCCUGCGCCGUGGCCGUAGUCUUUUUCGGGAGCAACUUCGUACCAGUGAAAAAGAUAGACACUGGUGAUGGUAUGUUUUUCCAGUGGAUUCUAUGUGCUGCUAUAUGGACAGUCUCCUUAGUGGUGAACAUCAUUCUGAACAGUCCAAAAUUUUGGCCUUUUGUUAUGCUUGGAGGAGCCAUCUGGGCUACUGGUAAUAUAACUGUAGUUCCUAUCGUAAAGACUAUUGGGCUUGGUCUUGGGCUUCUUAUAUGGGCUUCAUUUAAUUUGCUAAUGGGUUGGGCCAGCUCACGGUUUGGCUGGUUUGGUAUUGGUGCUGAGACCGUUUCCAAACCAGUUCUGAACUCCUGUGGAGCAGGUCUUUGUUUAAUAAGUGCCAUUGUUUUUUUCUUUGUGAAGACUGAUGUUCAAAGUUCAUCAACAUCUGAAGAAACCCCUUUACUAAUAGACCAUACUGUGAACUCAGAAACUGUGGUGACAACAGAUGAUUCCUGGGUGGAUGCAUUAAAACCACGCACCAAACGUCUUGUUGGAACGCUUCUUGCUGUCGUCGCUGGAGUGCUGUACGGGACAUCGUUUGUUCCAGUUCUAUACAUUAAAAAUCAUGCAGAUGAUCCAAAAAGCCAAUACAAUGGGGCUAGCCAGUUUGAUCUGGACUACGUCUUUGCACAAUAUAGUGGGAUUUUCCUCACUAGUACAGUGUAUUUCCUCCUGUACUGUGCCAUCAAAAAAAACAAACCACAAGUUUUUCCAAAAGCAGUGCUGCCAGGAUUCCUUUCUGGCAUCAUGUGGGGUGUGGCAACAUGCUGCUGGUUCCUAGCCAACCACUAUCUCAGUGCUGUAGUGAGCUUCCCUAUUAUCACCACAGUUCCUGGACUGAUUGCAGCUCUUUGGGGUGUUGUAGUGUUCAAAGAAGUGAAGGGUUGGCGAAAUUACAUUGUCCUCAUCGUUGCUUUCUGUCUUGUUCUAUCUGGGGCAUUAUUGACUGCAUUUUCAAGGGUUUAAACCUUUUUAUGACAAGAGCAAGGAAUGUACAGAACAAAGACUUCGGUAGAGUGUUUUAACAUUUAAGUUUUUUUUAUUUAAAAUCACUUCUGUUUUAAAUAUUUUGAAUACUGCAAAUGAGAGAUUAUGCGGUUUAUACGGGUUAUGCAGCUACAACCUGAACAUACUCGAAGAAAUAUUGUUUUUAUUAGGGAGGGAUAUGGUCCUAAUAUACUUGAAAUGUUACAUGUUACAGCAAUAUUAGCACAGAUGUUAUGUUAAUGUUAUUGGGAACACGCUUAUCUCACUAUAUUUUACUUCUAUUUGAAUUAACACAUUUUUUAAAAGUCAUGUUUACACUAUAAUGGACCUCAUUUCCCUGUAUGUUUGCACAUGUAAUGGUUGAUUUUUUUUUUUUAUUAUUAUUAUUAUUAUUAUUAUAUUAUUAUUAGAUCUAUCUGCACAUGAUGAAUUUUAUUUAUAUAUAUAUAUAUAUAUAUAUAUAUAUAAAAUGAAGCCCAUUAUAAAACAAAUUUUAAAAAGUUGGUCACAUUUUCCAUAUCCCCUAAAUUUUUCACUUUUUUUUUUUGCCCCCACAUUAUAGUAAUGACAUUUUUCUUAAACAUUUGCUAUAAGAUUGCAUUAUAACAUUAGGGGAAAAUGUCAUGAAUCUCACCGUACUAAAAUCUUAAAAUAGGCUUUGUUUUCUUAAGUAUGUUAUGGAUUUUUUUUUCACCUUUUGAUUUUGUAAUGAAAGAAUGUGAAUUUUUUGUAUAUAAUGUUAUAGGUUUUUACCCAUUUAAUAAUGAUCAGUUGAUUGCUUAUGUGUGGUUUUAUUGUUGCCAAAAUGUGUCAAAGGCCUUAGCUUUUAUUAGUUUGUUUUAUAUAUAUAUAUAUAUAUAUAUAUAUAUAUAUAUAUAUAAACAAUUUUUUUUUUUUUUUUACUUUACUAAAAGGGAAAUAAAUAUUCAAAUGGAAAGUUAAUGGAUUUGUGGGUGGCUGCAAAAUAAUGGAAAAUAAAUAAAUUCUGCUUAUAUUGA